AUGCAGGGCUUGUUUCUCACAGGGAUCACUGUCAUCUGGCAUAGCCAAGUGCUGAGGGUGGCACGAACAUUGAAUAAAAAGACAGAUUUUGCCUCAAAAGCUCAUGCUGUAAACAUAGGGCAGGAGGUACCUUUUGUGCCUCACGCCAUUUCCCUGCCCCCAGCCAAGCUGCUGCCAAACAGUACUUUAACCCAGCUCUGGGUGUGUUUAAACAAACACAGGAGGUUCCCCGACACCCUUCUUUCAGGUCCCCAGCUGCUCACUAGCACUGUGUUCAACACCCAGCGCUACCACAGCACCCCAGAAAUGCGUUUCCUUCCCCGCCUUGUCAUCUCAGCUGCCCUGAGCAUUGCUGCUUUCCUGAGCUGGAGGCUGCUUUGGACCCCGGCUAACGGCCAAGGAGGUUACCUGGCCCCCAAGGCGGAGGAGGGCUUCACUUUGACACUGGACACCUUCCUUCACGUUCAGCAGCUCAGGAAGAAGAGACUGAGAGCUUUCUGCAGCCGAUCACGCAAAGUCACCACGCUGCCGAGGAGCCAGCAGGAGAGAGCUUACCUGCUCUCAAGUCUGAGGGUAAGCACCAAGCUGGACUUCCUCUACUGCCAAGUGCCAUCAAUGGGAAUUGAGGAAUGGCAGCAGCUUUUGGAGAAGCUAGAGAAGAAAAAUGUGACUCUCCCAGUGUCGCUUCCCUACCACUGGCGUCACACUAAGGAGACACAGCUGAGCAGGUUCAACCAGACAGAGAUAGAGGCCAUGUUAGGGUCUUACAUCAAAGUGCUGUUUGUCAGGGACCCUUUCCACAGGCUGAUUGCCGCAUUCCUGCAAGGCAUGGGCAUCAGCCCAUCCUUCAGCAGCUUUGUUGAGGAUGUUUUAGCCAGUGGAACACACAACACCAGUGUGGCUUGGAAACCACUCGUCAGCCUCUGCCUGCCCUGUCUCGUCCAGUACGACUAUGUGGUGAUGUUUGGCUUCCACGAGCAAGAGCUGGGCCACCUGCUACGGCGGGCUGGGCUGCCUGUGGACAGCUUCCUCCCCAAGUUCACCGACACCCAAGUGCUGUGGACCUACAGGUGGUUAUCAGAGCAGAUGUUCAGUGAGCUGUCUGCCCAACAGAAAAAGAAACUGUCUCACUUCUACCGCUGGGACCUUUCUGCUUUCCCAUUUUCUAGCAGUUUUCUGUCAGACCCCUUCAGCACUCCAGAGACGUGGUAGAAAUAGCCCAUCUGGAGGGACUGUUUCAGAGAGCAUUAAUCCAAAAGGAAGCACUUCAAGAUACUGCCAGGCCUUUGCUUCGCAGCUGCCUGCAGUGUAAUUGUCCAUGUCACAGCUCCAAAAGGUACGUCAGAGAGCUGAGACAGACCACUGCCAGGGACGAGAUAUCAAGGCUCUUCAUGUGAUUGAAUUGUAUUUAAACAUGACAAGAGCAGGCACUAGGGAAACUUGUGGCACUAGGCUUGGAAAACUGCAUGAACUGAACAGUGGAGCAGCUCUCAGCAAACCUAACAUCUUGGGUUAGAGUGGGUCGGACCUGCUGCAAACCACAGCAGCAUCACACAUGCUCUCCCUGCACUGACAUUUUGUAUUCUGGGCUCCCUAUUGGGCCAAGAGGUUUGGCAAUGGCUUCUUUGUGAUAAAUCUCCCCAUGCAGAUACAAGAAGUGCUCCCAAAGGAGCACGUCACCUGGAGUCUCCUUCUCCCUACUCUGCUUAAGUAGGUGAGAUAGGACACAGGGUGGUACACCCUCCUGGAGAACCACUGAUGAUGUUCCCAAUCUUUUCAUGCUCACAGAAUGUCAGGCCUGGCCCAUCAUUUAGUCUUAUCUGUUCUGUGUGAACUGUUCCUGCUUUACAAUCUCACAUCUCCUAUGUGUUUAGGCUCAAGAGGGCCUUGGGGAUGGCACAUGAUGCUUGCUCCAUUCACAAGUUUUGAGUUUGGCUCCCCCUGUUACAGGGCAGAUUCAAAUGGGCCAAGGCCGACACUGAGACAAGGAUAGUUCAGUCUGGACCAGGUACCAGCCACACCAUGCAGAAAAACCACCUUCCAAGUUGUCUCAGCAGCUGCUGGGCCCUGUGCAGGUGGCUAGAAGCAUCAGGAUGCAUCACUGUGCUGCUGUGGAAAACACAA